AUGGCCAACACAACCUUGGGGAUCAACAUGUGCCCUCCGCCAUUUUAUGAUGCCGCUAUAUUCCCUGACACUGGUGGAUGCUGGGCGGGUGUCAUGUGGGUGUUCCUUAGAUCGGUAUCUCUCCACCUUCAGAUUUGCUGGCAAGUCCUCGUUGGCAAGAACUUUAUGAUUUUCGCCCAAGCAGCCGGCUGGGGAGUUCCUAUUCUGGGAAUCGUUCUGGCCCUCGUCUUCAGUGGUGUCUCGUUCCGUUUUGGCAAGACAUGUCACAUCAACCAUGAGAACAGCUUGGCUGACUUUUGGAUUCCCCUUCUCCUUUUUGCUGGACUGACAGUCAUCAUCACAUUCGCCACUUUUGGUUACUGUAUCAAGGUCUACCUAGCAUCCUUAUCUGAUAACGGAGCAUCCUCUGAGGGUUCCAGUCUGCCUACUUACACGCACAGCGUCAAGACCAUGAGCCCACGACAAGUUUACCGCCGAGUUCGCCGUGUCAUCGCCCAUCAGUGGCGCGGAAUUGCCAUCGUACUGAUCAUUAUCGCCGACGUCAUCUUCUUUUCAGUGGUUUUUGUCUUUCAAGACAACGUUGUUCAGUCUGUUGCGGACGAUCCUGAUAAGGCAAAUGAUUGGGUUGGAUGUCUUUAUCUUACAAAGGGCAAAAAGGAAGACUGCUUUGAUGAGGCAUCCGGCCUAGUUAUCAACGAAGCAACUGUGACAGCCGUGCUUCUUCUCUUAGCGUUCAACGGUAUGUGGCUAGUCCUCUUCCUGGGACGAUGGUCUAUGGUCCACGGCUGGAUGGACUUGAUCAAGCGACCCUUUGUCCGAAGCAAGAAGGAGUUUGUUUCCGUCGAUGCGCGUGUCGACGUCAAGAGCCAGCCUCGCUCGUACGAGAUGCUCUCAAGAGAUUCGAGCGCUGCAGUAACACCCGUCUAUCCAACGGCCAAGUCUCCAGAAGAUGGACGAAGAACACCAGACUACUUUGGCAGCACGGCUCGCUAUCAUGCGCCUGCUAGAUCUUUCUCAAGCCCUAGGCCACUACCGGGCCAGGACGCGGAAUCAUCCCCACUACCGAUCUACAACAAAGAGAUGAACCCUCUCGGUAUGAACCGAACAUAA